AAGACGACGGCGCCUUCUCGGUUGCCUUUGCUGCCCGCGGGUCUCUUUCCAUAUCUGGGCUGGUGGUGGGAUAAUGAUAUAGCCCCCAAAGUUGGGUGGAAGUUACUUCUCGGACUACAAGUCCCAGCAUCCUUUAGUCAUCGCGGAUUCUGUGAGUUCUAACCCGAAGGAUUUUCCCAAUUGCGUCCGAACUAUCUUGGUGGGAUAAUAUUAACUGAUCAAAACAAGGCGUUUGCGAGGCGUUUCGUUCUUCCUUUUUUUGUUUUCUGCAGCGUGCUUGCAAGAAAACACCGCCGGGUGGAUGCAGCGAAAGGGCGGCUGGGGCCCUCCCUGUCGCUACCAUAUUUCUCACUACUUUGUUGAAAAAUGAAACCGCGGCUCCGAAGCCUGUUGGGCUCCUCCGUUCCCCUAUAACCCCCUCCCAGUCACCCCGAAAAGGACGGAAGGGUUUUGAGGACGUCGUUCAUACGUUGCAUUUGCUUGGUUAAAUAAAAACCAACGUUGGUGCCUGUUGGGACCGGGGCCUUGUCAAGACGGAAAAAUCUCAUUAGUCUAAAAGGGGGGAAAAAGCAAAAUACUGUAUUGAAAAAUCUAAGACUCCGCUCACCUCAGCUCCUGUGAGGGUUUCUGCAUUAGGAAACCGUUUCAUACAGAUCGAAGUAAUUAGGCCUGCUAACAGGAUUCCUCCUCCCGCCAUCAUCUAAGAAGAGGAAAGUUAAUCCCUUUGCUGUCUUUAUGUUUUCAGAGUGUAGAUGGGAGAGCACCAGAGCAGUGCAGAGAAAGAGGUAGCCAUGGAAAGGCCAGGACGGAUUCUUUUCCCACAGUGUGUGAACAGUGUAUUGGGGCAUGAGAACAGGAAGUGGGACAUUCAUUUUGCUGGCACACCUGAGCCUCAGAUGGGGCAACACACAGCAUCCUCGGCAGCAAAUCCAGACAACACUGGUAACCAUUUGGGGCCUCAGCAAACGUUUGUCCUGAUGUUUUUAGCAUUGGAAGAACAAAGCCACCAAAGAAGAAAGGAAAGAUGUAGCAGUUCUGCUGAAUGGUUGGGGCUCUUCCUCUUCUUGCGGAUCUUGACGGAGGGGCACGAUAGACGAUUUAACGGUGUAAGAGAGAAUCCAGCCACCUUCUUUCUUUACUGGACAAUGCAAGGCAUCUGGGUGUUUGUAACCCUGCUCCCCACUCUGAUUCUGAACCUGGAGAAACACGAGAAGCGUCUGGGAUUUUGGGACUACCUCGGAUGGAGCAUGUGGGCCUUGGGGUUCAUCACAGAGGCAGUAGCUGACCAACAGAAGUGGCACUACAGAAGCAAUCCAGAUAAUGCGGGCAGGUUCAUCCAGAGCGGCUUGUGGGCGUACAGUCGCCACCCUAACUACCUUGGUGAGAUCUUGCUGUGGACAGGACUUUUUCUCUCAGCUGUAUCCGUUCUGCGUGGGUGGCAAUUCCUCAGCAUCAUCUCGCCGCUGCUGGUGUGGUUCUUGCUGAAUUAUGUCAGUGGGAUCCCACUCCUGGAGAAAGCAGCCAUGAAGAGAUGGGGGAAGGAGGCGGCUUUCCAGGCCUACUUGCAGAAGACUCCUGUGUUGUGGCCUGUCAGCUGGAAGCGAUAGCAGACAAGCAUCGGGUGUCCUCCCCUCCACCCUGGUCCAGCCUCAGAGAGGCAUGGCUUAUAAGGCAUGAACUGCAGAGAAAUCAUCUGAAAUUACACUUCUCCCAACAUGGCGUUUGCGUUCGGCUGGCCCUUGUGUUCCUGUCUACCGGCGUGGCCUAGUUCCCAAUGUGUGCUGAAAGCUUGGGCACACACGAGCAUGCAAAAUGGGUUUGCUCAAUGGAGGCUGCAGCUAUCUAGCGCUCCAGCAUGCAAAAUGGGCCCUUCAGUCAUCACUGCACCGGCACUAUAUCCGUCACUGCCCUGGAAGAGAAAGAUGUCUGGUAUAAACCACUAAUCUGAGAUUAGAAGGCUGUGCUGGUCUUUUAACUUCCAAUUACAUAAAGUAGCUGGAAGGCUUUGCUCUCUUCCAGAGAAGUGGGUGCCCCUUGUGUCGCUGCCAGAGGCGUUAAUCCCAGUAAUCCCUGUGCACUGAGAAAAGGAGGCGAUCACAACCAGUAAGUCCACCUUUUGUAGAAAGACCAGCACCUGCAGAAUCAGGGUUAGCGGCAGAUAACACUCCAGCUGUGACAGAACUGUACCGCCCGCUUCCAACUUCAUGUAAGAGUUGCUGUUCCUUUUUGUAUUUUUAUGUAAAGCUGAGCUUGUAAAUCCUCCUGCUUUGAUAAAGCUAUAUUGUCUUCCUAAUUAGGGCUGCUGCACCGGCUACAAAUGCACUAAAAUCUGUGUUGUGGCAGAUACAGCAUACUGCUGGAGGGAAAGUCUGUUGCAGUGGGGUCUCAGAA